UGCAAAAAUCACAACAAAAACUGCAAAUGGUCGCAACGAAAGUUCGCAACUGUUUUGCUCGGUUCAAAUAUCGUAAAAAUUCCGACCAGUGGUUCUUCAAAAACCGCAAAUAAAUGUGGAAGUAUGUUUCCCGCCGUAUCCGCGAUGUGUGUGACCGUACCUACAACGUACUAGACGUUCGCCGACCGUGCCAGUACGGUGGUGAGCGUUUUUGCGUCGAGAACAACUACUCCGCCGCAGAUUCUCAGCAACAGCAGAAGCAUCCCCAGCAGGACAACGAGUGUAACAUCAAUUUGCGGAACGAGCUUAUCAAGGGUUCUUACUGUCUACUGAAUGUAGGGAAACGACAUGUUGUGGUCUAUCCAAAUAGAGCGCACAACUAUGACACCGGAUCGAAUAGUUCCGAUCGCGAAGGCUUCAGCCGGAAAGAGUAUUGUUCAUUCCAGCGCAGCUGGAUUGGAGCAAUUACUUGGUCGAGUGCCAUUAUCUGUGGCUGGUACACUAGCCAAUUAAUCUGUCUGUAUCGCCGCAACCACAACUGGGAAGGUCCAAAAUGCCUCCCCUUCAUAAUUUCUUCCACCCAUAGAAUUCCUUGCAAGUAUCGUAAUUCGCAUUCUCAGAAUGCUUACCCAUUUUCGGCACCUCCCUCGCCACCAAUUGAGCGCGCAUCCAAACAGGAUCAGCUGUCUUCUCAACAAGUAACUUUCUUCGGCGUUCCCAUCCCUUCGGGUAAGCCAAGCAAGCUUGAGGAGUUUGACUUUGAGAAUUUCUCAGAGACAAAGAAGAAAUUUCUUUCUCCGGUCAAUAAUGAGAAACUGGAACAGACUAAAAUUUCGUCGACGGCCAAUGAGAGACCAGUGGUUCAAAAGGUAGAAUCGAAGUCUCCGACUGUGGAGUCCGCAGUUGAAAAUUUGCUUUCAGUUAUCGGCGAAAUUGAGUACCAACUUGGUGUGCAGAAUUUAGAGAUAGGUGAUUACAAUACAGCUGUUUCUCACCUAAAGCUGGGAACUAGUCACCAACAUUCUGGUGCCGCGUUCAAUUUAGGUAUCUGCUAUGAGCAAGGCUUCGGCGUGAAGAAAAGUGCCCGAAUGGCAAUGGAAUGCUAUCAUCUGGCAUCUACUCUCGGUCACCCGCAGGCUAUGUACAAUCUCGGCGUUUACUAUGCCCGCGGUCUCGGCGGACUUCGUCGUAGCCGGCAGAUGGCCAGAAAAUACUUCACUGCUGCUGCUGAUCUGGGAUUGAAGGAAGCCAUCGAUGUAUUGGGAUCCAAGUAUCAAGCUAGACGGGAUUCGGUGUGGUCUGGCGCCGGUUCUUCGGCGAGCUCAUCACCAACCGUGGCGCCAUUUGAGUUUAAAUUCAACUAUGAUGAUCUGGGACAGUAUGGGUUCGGGAAAAGCGGGUUGAGAACCACCGAGCAAUUGGACCAGGUUGAGUUGCGUUUGGUUUCAGCGAUGGCUUGAGUUUAAUUUUUUUUAAAUAUUUGUUGAACUGCAUAAUGUAAGUUCUUCUAUCAAAUCUUAUAUUUGCUGAAACUGUAAUUAGGCCUUAUUGAUAUGAAUUAUUUAAUCGUUUUGGUGAAAGUAAAUAAUUUGCUUAAUUUCGUUUAUAA